AUGCUCACAGCAACUCUUUUCCUUACUCUGUGGGACCCCUCACGGUUAGUAGACGGGCAGUCGAUGGAGUUUGAGUAUAACAGCCAACCUUCAGAGGUCCCCAUAAUAUUCGAGGAAGAAAUGCAGGCUUCGCCGGAACUGCCACAGGAGCCCUCUACGUCCUAUGAGGCAACGGCGGGCUUCGAGGCAUCCCCUACGGUGAAUAGCGCUGUGGUGCCAGAUGCAGAACAGCAAAGCAACGGCGACUUCACUGAGACUCCACCAUCUCUGAUAGAAAUUGCAAGUAUGCAAGGGACCCCUGGAGGAGCAAAUGCAAGCCCAGCUCCUGGGGACGCCCGAGGACUGGAUGCGAUCGUUCCCUUUCUGUUGCCUUUGCGGCCCUAUGCGCCAAUUUUCUCCGGACCGGAAGGCUCCAUUGGAGUUUCUGGUGGGGCAGAAGAUGUUGGCGCGUUUUCUAUAGCUGGUAGCAGCGUUGAAACGUUAGCUGCGCCUCCUCGGUUUGCUUUUUACGGGCCGCAGAGCGAAGACCUGAGGGUAGAUGACUGUCAGCACUUCGACGCCUUCCUCGUCUCUCCUCUGCCGUCUUCUGUAGCUUCCAGGUUCAGCAAUUUCGUGCAAAAAGAGAAUGCACAGACAGACGGCAUGCCGUACUUGCACCACAUUCACGGACGACCCGCAGAGGACCCAGCAGAUGGCGAGGAGAACCCUCGUCUCGCGGUGGAGGGAGGCAAAGUGACGCCUCUUUGGUCCGAGUUCACAGAAGAGAACCCCGUAUUCCGCAUGGAUGAGGGAACAGUGACCCUGAUUCGUCUGGUAGCCCCCGUCAAGAGCGCCUACGACGCUAUGGCUUCCAUGAUGUUGAUGCCAAUCAUCGACGUGAACCUAGCCUACGGAGACGGGCUCGUCCUGUCUUACAAAGUCAGCGGCGAGGAGGGGAAGCAAGCAGACCACCAGCACCAGGACGAGACCCACCGUCCGGUGGCCGAGCUUCACGUUGUCUACAAGAGCUGCUUUGCUGUUGAAGGCGACAGCAGAGACCCCAUCUCUCCCAGCAAGAGCGGGGCCGCUUCUUGGACGCGUAGCGCCGCUGACCUGCCGUGGGACCCGAGCCUCGCUCCUUCUCCAACUGUAGCAGAGCUGCGGACGGUGACAGCGAAGGAAGGCGACCUGGUGGCCAAUGGGGUUGCAACGGAUCGAGUCGCAGCUGUACAGCCAACCACUCUGGUGUUUGACCCGUCGCAAGAAUUUGUCGAGAUGUACGCAUGGUGUCGCGGAUCCGCCGAUCUGCAAGUGAUGUAUCCUCUAUUGUACAACUACGUCGGAAGUAGCAAAAGAGAAGAAACAGAGACGGAGCAGUCGGUUAGUCUCGUCGCGUCGAAGCCAUCUUCUCACGUUGUUCUGAGGGAUGUGCUCCCCGGUUUAGAGGAAAACGUGCGCAGAUUCAUUCUUCAGUUUCAGUGCAAGUCGGAGGGGGAGUCGAUUGUUGGUAUGGACUUCUCCUUCCAUGGCUACAGAGAUGUUCAGAUUUUCCUGAAGAAGAAAUGCGUUGCCCCGGCCUCGGCGAGUCUUCGGGACCCAUCCUGCAGCUCUGGGGUUCUCAGCGAGGACGGGGCGGUUUGUUGCGCCGCCUCUUGCGGCUCGUGUGGUGGCGAUGGUUGUGAAGACCGAGAAGCGCAACAGAACACAGCAACUAAGGAGCUCCGAAUGGCUUUGGCGCUGCCUGAGGAGGCCCCUGCCCCUGCACAACGCUUUAGCUUGUUGUUGGCUCCUUUGUGGCUGAUAUGCUUCUGUCUCUCCAUUUUAAAGCUUUUCUUGUGGUGCCUCGUUGCCGGGGCCCUUGUCGUCUACGUCUUUACCGUCUGCUACGGAAUCCAAGUCAUGAAGGAACCCUUCCCUGUGGCGGCAGCUCCUUCUGCCUCUCAGCUGUUCAACACCAUCUUGUUGGUUGCUGGCCAUCUGCGGCAUCUGUACAAAACGCACGGCGGCUCCGUCUUCGCCGGGGAGGGUUUUCACUCGUACACUCCGUUUGAGGAGAGGGACGGGAAGGCGGCUGGCCGCAAGCUGAGUAGUAAAGAGGAUCCUUUCUGCCCUCCCGUGCGCUGGCGUGUGAGUGAGGAGCGUACCUCCUGCAUUCGUCUUACUUCCUUCAAGGCGAAAGCAGGAAGAGAAGCACACCCAAACCCGCAUCCCCCUGAGGUCAUUCGGCCUCUGGAGUUCUGCGACAUCGAAGCAGACGGUGCAGAUAUCCGCGACAGAAACGACCCCACAGACGACACUCUCUGGGAGGAGCCCCAAGGCGACUUUCAAACAGACACCUGGGCAGAAGACACCACCGCAAUCCUCGGUCCCCAGCAAGACGAGUACUCGAACCCGCAAGGCAGUCAGCACUACAGACAGUUCUCGGGGAACUCCUACGAGCCCUUUUGA